ACCACUUGACUUCCCGACUCUGCAAGUUGAUCACGCAAAAUGAUUCCCGAGAUGCCGUUUCCAGUGAGCAUUGGUUCAGGCGGAGGUGUGGUUGGGUCAGUUACUUACGGCCACUUCCUUGAUAAUGCUACUAACCUACUGAUGCAAAGUGGGGCUGAACCACACGCCAUGGUGAAGCGAGACAGCCAUGGCGGUUCCAGCUGCCCUCCCUCCGUCGGCUUCUCCACCUUCGGCUUCCUCUCCUUCCUCCUCAUUUCAUUCAACACGAUUGUCAACGUCAUCAACAACAUCAACAACAAUAAUAACAACAACAACAAUAACAAUAAUAACAACAACAAUAACAAUAAUAACAACAAUAACAAUGACAACGGAAGGAGUCUCGACGGAAGGUUCUUGCCGGAAGAGAUCUGGGAUGAUUUCGAAAAAUAUAUUGAGGAGGACAUGUGGUUAAAGAAAGAAGAUGAGGAAGAUGAUUGUCACUGUGCUCUAGAAGAGGAAGAGGAAGAGGAGGAGGACGAGGAAGAGGGGAGAGAGGGAGAAGAGGAAAGGGAGGGAGAAGACGAAGAAGAGGAAAGGGAGGGAGAAGACGAAGAAGAAGAGGAAGAGUCGCUGCUGGAGGCCCUCGGAGCCAGCGGGCGCGGCAUGGGCGGAUGGGCGCGGGCGGUGGCGCAGAAGUACCCGGAGUGCGUGGUCCGACUGGCGUGCGAGGGCGUGGGCUUCCUUCCGCGGGCGAUGCAGCCGCUGGCUGUGCUCGCUCCGCUCCCUGUCCGUCAGACGAACUUGUUGCUGAGAUCAGCUGACCUCGGUGCCUGUGAUCGUCAGUAUCCCGGAUGCCCGUUGUUUUCAACCCUUUUGUAAAUAAAAAAUAUAAAUAUAUGUAGAUAGUAUUAGCUUUAAAGAGAGUGAAAUUACAUAUGUAUGCCUGUUUAUUUAUGUAUCCAGUUUAUGUACUCAUCUAUGUUUACAUGCGUGUGUCUGUAUGAGGACUGUAAAGAUAUAUUUUAUGAAGUUCAUCGAAGGGAACAAUAAUCUAAAAUGUGAAAAUCUGUUAUCGACAUUAUUUAUGAAUUUAAAAAGACAUCAUCGCAAUUUAAUCUAUAUCCUUGUUUUUAGUUCAGCACAACUUUCAAAGGUAUAAGAUGGGAUUUUUUAUUACACAGACUUUUUUUCAU